GGGAUUGGUGGUUACUGUCCGCUGUCAUUUGGGCCGGUGAGCGCUGCAGAGCCCCGACAUGGAGCCUCCACCGCCCGGGCCCUGCUCCUCCCCGCCGGGGCCCCGGCCCGUACCGCCUCCCCGGAAAGGCUCCAUGGAGCGCCGGCCCCACAGAGAGCCCAGCGAGGUCCGGGGCCCCGGAGGACAGCCAGGGACCCCAGAGAGGGCCACAGUCACCCAGACAGUGCUGAUCGUCAUGGAGGGCCGUUCUGUCACCUCAGAGGAGACCAACCUGGGGGGUCAGAGGGCCCCUCCACUACAGUCUAUGGAUACAGAGAAGACGGGGCCCCCACCGCCUGGGAAUACCACUGACCUGGGGCCCCUACUGCCCCAGGGGCCCCCACCGCCUGGAUAUAACACUGAUCCGGGGCCCCGAUACACCGUUACUGAGAGCCAGGGGCCCAUACUGCCCCAGGGGCCCCCACCGCCUAGAGAUAACACUGAUCCGGGGCCCCGAUACACCGUUACUAAGAGCCAGGGGCCCCCACCGCCUGGAAAUAACACCGAUUCCGACAGCCAGGGGCCCCCACCACCGCCUGGGAAGACCACCGAUCCGGGGCCCCCACCACCCCGAUACAUCGCUUCCGAGAGCAUGGGGCACCUACCACCUGGAAAUAUCACCGCUACCCCCAAUCUGGGGCCCCUCCUACCACAAUACACAGUUACCGAGAACCAGGGGCCCCUACCACACCAAUACACAGUUACCGAGAGCCAGGGGCCCCUACAACCCGGGAGUUACAGCGCUACUCUUGAUCCGGGGCCCCUACCACACCAAUACAUCUUAUCUGAGAGCCAGGGGCACCUACCACCUGGGAAUACCACCGAUCUGGGGCCCCCACCACCCCGAUACAUUGCUUCCGAGAGCCAGGGGCACCUACCACCUGGAAAUAUCAUCGCUACCCCCAAUCUGGGGCCCCUCCUACCACAAUACAGCGUUACCGAAAGCCAGGGGCCCCUACAACCCGAGAGUUACAGCGCUACUCUUCAUCCGGGGCCUCUACCACACCAAUACACAGUUACCGAGAGCCAGGGGCCCCUACCACACCAAUACAUCUUAUCUGAGAGCCACGGGCACCUACCACCCAGGAGUACCACUGUUGUACAAGAAGCGGGGCCCCCACCACUGCAGUAUUCCAUAACUGAGAGCCAGGGGCCCCUACCACCUGGGAGUACCACUGGAGGGCCAGAACUAGGGCCCCCACCGGCUGGGAGCAUCACCACUGUGCAGGAUCCAGGGCCCUUACCACCACAGUACACCAUGCCAGAGAGCAAGGGGCCCCCAGCACCUGUGCCAAAUCUGAGGCCCGUAUCACCACAAUACACAGCGCCCGAGAGCCAGGGGCCCCCACGGGCUGGGGCGGCCACUGGUGUACCAGAUUCGGGGCCCAUACCGCCACUAUACACCACGUCGGAGUGCCGGGCAAUGGUCACUGUUAGCACUCCGCCUCAUGAUGAGCUGAUCCCGCCCCCGAGGGACUCUCCAAGAAAAGCCCCAGUGAUCAGACCUGUGUGGGUAAUGCCAAGAAAGGUCCCUGAGAACCUGGGGGGCCCUCCAACACAAGGCCCCGCCUCUCCACCCACACAAAGUAACACUGGACGAGGAGUGGCCCUAAUACAGACCUCGGGGGAGGUACCCAUAGAGCACAUGGCCGCACAGAGGGUACCACCCCCUCAGGACUCCCCGGCACACCUCGUUCCAUCUCAGGGCCAAAGAACAUCCGAACUGCCAAUAAAGGGGCCACAGGAGACGUCACAAGAUGGCAGACAGUGGGCUCAGGGCGCCGUGGCGUCACUCCUGAAUAAGCGCAGUGAAGAAGUGAUUGCAGCGCCCCGGGUGAUGUCUGACCCCGAUACCGCAGCUGAGAAAAUGGGGCCCCCACCACCUGUGACGCAGGGCCCAACCUCCGCGGAGGCUCCGGCACAUGGCGGGCAGAUUGAGCCCUCCGUACCCCCCGGCACAACGUCUGCGGGGCCACAGAACUCUUCUAUCCCACCAGAGGGCGCCCUUCCCGAUGGUUCCUCUCAGAGCUCCGCGGCUCCCCCACCGGGCUCUGUGAUUGGUCCACCCGCUUCCUCCACCCUCCCUCAGCAGCAGGACACUUCGGAGAAGAAGGCUUUGCCUGGCCAGAAUUCCACCCCCCCGACGGGUCCACCUUCCACCCAGCUGGGGACAUCCCUCUCUCCUCAUCGGAGCGUCUCCUCCAAACCCCCGCUUCCCAUUCCACCCAGAUCCUCCCUCUACCCCGGCCACGCCCCUUCUAUACGGGAGCAGGAACCCUCCCUCAGCCUUGACACCGCCUCUCUGUCCAGCUUCAGGUCCAAGGCCCCCGCCCCCGACACGCUCAGCUACCUGGACUCUGUCAGCCUGAUGUCAGGUACGAUGGAGUCCCUCAGCCACCUGGAUGACGCCAGCUCUCUGGGCUCGGACUCUGAGAUCAACGGCAUGCCCUACCGCAGGACCGACAAGUACGGCUUCCUGGGAGGAAACCAGUUCAGCGGGAACGGGGAGAGUAACCUUUCUGUGGAAAUCGCCCGGCAGAGGGAGUUGAAGUGGCUGGACAUGUUCAAUCAUUGGGACAAAUGGCUGAUCCGGCGAUUCCAGAAGGUGAAGCUGCGAUGUAGAAAAGGAAUCCCAUCUUCUCUACGUGCGCGUGCGUGGCAAUAUCUCUCCAACAGUCACUAUCUCCUCAGCAAGAACCCGGGGAAGUUCGAGGAGUUGGAGAGACAUCCUGGAGACCCCAAGUGGUUGGAUGUGAUAGAGAAAGAUCUUCACCGGCAGUUCCCAUUCCAUGAAAUGUUUGCUGCACGCGGGGGCCAUGGGCAGCAGGACUUGUACCGCAUACUGAAGGCGUACACGGUGUAUCGCCCGGAGGAGGGGUACUGCCAGGCGCAGGCUCCGGUGGCCGCCGUCUUGCUGAUGCACAUGCCGGCAGAGCAAGCAUUCUGGUGUUUGGUCCAAAUCUGUGACAAGUAUCUGCCGGGAUAUUACAGUGCCGGCCUGGAAGCCAUCCAGCUGGACGGAGAGAUCUUCUUUGCUCUGCUGCGUAGGGUUUGCCCCAUGGCUUACAGACAUCUGAAGAAGUUUAAGAUUGACCCGAUCCUGUACAUGACGGAGUGGUUCAUGUGCAUCUUCUCCCGCACUCUGCCGUGGUCCUCGGUGCUGCGUGUGUGGGACAUGUUCUUCUGUGAAGGGGUGAAGAUCGUUUUCCGGGUCGGUCUCGUGUUGCUUCGGCACACGUUGGGAUCGGUGGACAAGCUGCGGAGCUGCCAAGGAAUGUAUGAGACGAUGGAGAAGUUACGUAGCCUCCCACCUCACUGCAUGCAGGAGGAAGUUCUUCUCCCGGAGGUGAGUGCCCUUGCGGUUACCGAUGCUCUUAUAGAAAGGGAAAGCAAUACACAGCUGCGCAAGUGGAGAGAAAACCGAGGAGAGUUGCAGUACCGCCCUUCACGCCGCUUACACGGGGCUCGCCAAAUUCAGGAAGAAAAGCUGCGCCUGAACCCUUCUCUGAGCGGUAGUCGGCUUAGCUUAUCCAGCCUAUCCAGUUUUCGAAGGCCCUCUCCUCCCGCCAGUCCCGCUCUCGUCCUCCAACCACCAGAGUCUGUGGUGGUGUCUGAGGGUCUGCAUCCUGUUCUGCCUUCUCCCACCGCCAAUAAAGCACCCUUGGGACCACCCAAGGAGGCCGCCAAGAAGGGUAAGGAGAAACAAAAAGAACAGGACAAAAAGAGAGAGAGGGAAGAAAGGGAGCGGGAAAAGAAGAGAGAGAAGGAAGAGAGAGAAGAGAGGGAGCGCGAGCGGAAAAGGGAGAAAGAGCGAGAAAAACUAAAAGAAAAAGAAGAAAAGCGACUUCAGAAAGAGAAGGAGAAAGCGGAGGCCAAACAGAAGAAAGAGAGGAAAGUUUCUUUCCGUCGUAAGGAGUCGUCUUCCCCGGCCACUGACUCCACCCACAAAGGUGCCACUGGCUCAGCCGAUGACACGUAUUUCUAACAGACCACGUUGUGGAUUCUCCGAGUGGAACUGUGUGUCAGUCACUGGAUAGUCUUACGAAGAGAGGGAGGUCCUCUGUCUGGGGAAAGUCCUGCAAGACAGGACAUGUUUAUAUUCUGGAUCCGUGUUACCUCCAGCAGGGCACUCCUGGAUAUUUCCCCCCGCCCCCCUUUGUUCAGGCUGGUCUCUCCUGAUACUCUGGUCUCUCUGAAGUUAUGGUGGACGUUACAGAUUUUAACUGCUCCACAUCUUAGGAAACCCAAAACCUGGAACUGGAACCCCUCCAAAGCUCUUUUUUUCAUUUUUUUUUUU